GGACCCAGUGGGAGACACGUGGGGAGGAGGGAUCAACAAUGCGGAUGUUGUGCUGGGCUGUGUUGUAAGAUUUGCAGUUGUUCCCUAAUUUAUGGAGAGUGAACACCCGCUGUCUCCCGAUCCUUUACACCGAGAGGCACUUAGAAUCUGGCCUCAGGGCCUAUAACCUGCAGAUCUAAACAUGGAAGGGCUCAAGGACUCCGACCUGUCAUCGCUCCUGGCGACCGCCCGCCGGGUGUAUAAGGAGGCUUUUGGAGGAAUGGAUCCUAAGAUCGCUGUGUCAGCGCCCGGAAGAGUGAACUUGAUCGGGGAACACACCGAUUACAACCAGGGUUUCGUGCUGCCGAUGGCCUUGCAGAUGGGAACCGUGAUAGUUGGGAGUCCAAGACAAGAUGGAAUAAUAUGCAUCAUCACAACAGCUGAAGAAGCUGAAGAGCCCAGAAAAGUUCAGUUUCCAGUUCCAGGAGAAGGUGGUGCCUUGAAACCAGGAGAACCUCGAUGGGCAAAUUACAUCAAGGGGGUGAUCCAGCAUUAUAGGGCGGCCCCCCUGCCUGGCUUUAAUGUAGUCAUAACCAAUAAUGUUCCACUGGGUGGUGGUCUCUCAAGUUCAGCGUCCUUGGAGGUGGCUACCUAUACAUUUCUGCAGCAGCUUUGUCCAGAUGAUGGGGAUCCAGUAGCUAAGGCACUGGCAUGCCAGAAAGCGGAGCACACCUUUGCAAUGAUGCCUUGUGGGAUCAUGGACCAGUUCAUUUCUGUGAUGGGGAAGGAGGGCCAUGCUUUGCUGAUAGACUGCAGGUCACUAGAGACUCGAUUGGUUCCUUUGACUGAUCCAAACUUAGUUGUUCUUAUCACCAAUUCCAAUAUACGGCACACCUUGACUGGCAGCGAAUACCCCACGCGUCGGCGCCAGUGUGAAGAGGCAGCAAAGGUGCUUGGCAAGGCAAGUCUGAGAGAAGCCAGCAUGUCUGACUUAGAGGCUUCUAAAGCCCUGCUGAGUGAGGAGGUAUACAGGAGAGCCAGACACGUGAUUGGAGAGAUCGAACGCACUGCCAAGGCAGCUGAGGUGCUGCAGUCCAGGGAUUACAAGAGAUUUGGGCAACUGAUGGUGGAGAGCCACAAUUCUUUGCGGAAUGAUUAUGAAGUCAGUUGUGCAGAACUGGAUGAGCUGGUAGCAGCUGCUUUAGAGGUCCCUGGUGUUUACGGCAGCCGAAUGACUGGUGGUGGUUUUGGAGGUUGUACUGUUACUCUGCUUGAAUCCAGUGCAACAGAGGAAGUUGUCAGACACAUUAAGGAGAAAUUCAGCAGGACCGCAACCUUCUAUUGCACAAAAGCUUCCAGUGGCACCAAAGUACACCCUCUUCUUUGAAAGAACUUCCUGUCUCUCUUCAAGGACCAGCAGUCUUUCCGUUACCAGAGAGAAAAUUGCUAGACCCUGAGCCAGUUUGCCUGCCUGAUCUCCUUAGGGCUUCUGGUAUAAUAAUGAAUCUACAGGAAAUGCCUUUGCAUCUUUUUAACAAAUGUAAUUAAAAAUCCAUUUUGCA